GAGGAAUGGGUUAAAUUAUUUAAAUUGAGACAAGAAUAUGGAAUUAUUGGUCAUAUGGGAUUUAGAAUUGUAGAUAUUCCAAAAGAGGGUGAAUUGAUUGCUGAAAUGACAGCUUCUCAAUUCCACAUGGCUCCAAAUCAAUACAUGCAUGCUGCUUCGAUUGUGUUUUUGGCUGAUACUGCUGCUGGAUUUGGAUGCUAUUGUAAUUUACCAAGUACACAUCACAAAUUUACAACAAUUGAAUUGAAAUCCAAUUUUAUUUCAUCAUCAAAGGUUGGAAAACGUGUGGUUUGUAGAGCUCAAUUAGUUCAUGCUGGUAAAUCAACUCAAGUGUGGGAUGCUCUUGUUUUUGAAGAUGAAUUGGAUAGUGGAAAAUUGAUGGCUACCUUUAGAUGCACCCAAAUUGUAAUG